AUGUCUCUUUUCAUUUUUACAGAGAUCGAAAAUUAUAUAAACUGGGAUUAAAAGGAUUUUAUGUCAAAGAUGACAAUGAUAGUACAGGGGAGGAACAAGCGUCUGAGGAGGAGAACCGUUGUCCCAAUGUGACAUUAAAGGUGGAUACUAAUCAUGCUCUCGACCUGGAGGAAGUUGAACUAGACUCGGAGGCCGAGCUUAUGAAGAGUAUGGGAUUGCCUCUUCAGUUUGGUGGGCAGUCAGCCCACAGGGACUUUGUGGCAACAGAAAAUUAUAGAAAGAGAAGUAACAUGAAGAUUAUGAAAAAGAAAAAGAAGAAGAAAAAAGAGUUACAGCAAAAACAUGAGGAUAAAAUGAGGCAGGAACGCCAGGAUCGAGCUUGUGGUGGUCAUAUCCAGUCCAUUUCUGGUGAGCUGGCCCUUGCUACAGAGCAACGUGAGAAGAGCAGCAAACCUCAGGUUGUAAGUGAAGGGAACUGUGAAAGUUCAGGAAGUCUUGCAAAUGAGGCUUUACCCAGCGAACUUAAAGAAAGAUGGGAGAAGUACUGGAGUGAGUACGGAGAGGGCCUUCUUUGGCAAAGUUGGCAGGAGAAGCAUCAAGAGGUCUCAUCGUCUGAGGCCACCACAGCUUCUGAGCCUUGGAAUAGUCCGGACACCAGGGAAGAGUGGGAGCAGCAUUAUAGCGAACUGUACUGGUAUUACUGGGAACAGUUUCAGUAUUGGACAAGUCAAGGAUGGACUACUGAGAGCUCACAUGGUGACAACGUGGAAGCUAAUGGGGUUACCCAGGAGACGGGUCUGUCAGGAAAAAUGGACUUGGUUAGCCCAGGGGCUGAACAGAGCGAAGUGCUGAACUUGGAGCUGUCUUCCUCUAACACCAGAAGUGAGGAAACGCUCCCUUCGAGUGCUGAGCCCCACAGUGAAAUAAUCACUGGGAUUUGUAACUUAAAUCUGAAUUUGGAGGAAGCGCAGCAGAGCAGUGCAGCUCUGGCAGUAGCCUGUCAAGGUCCUCAAGAGCGUAGUUCAUCUGACAGUGAAAGCCAGAAGGAACCCUGUGAUGGAGGAACCAGGAAAAGGAGUGCAUCUUGUGAAAAUAAAAGUAUUAACCAGUCAGGUUCGCAGGGGUCAUGUAGCUCGAAUUCAAAUGGCAAAGAACAGUUGCUGCUUCGUGACCGAGAUGAAGAUGAGGAUGAAGAGCCUCCUGAAUACAGACAUGCCAAAGUCAAGAGAAGCCAUGAACUGGAUGUGGAUGAGAACCCAGUGGAAGAUCCUGAGGAAACCUGCUCUGUUUUGGGUUUCAAGUGUGGCACAGGACAAAAGUAUGGUGGAAUUCCAGAUUUCACCCACCGAAGUGUGCAGUACUUGGAGAAAAAAGCAAAACUCAAGUCCAAAUUCUUGGAUAUGCGUAAACCAAGGAAGAGCAAAAACACACACAUCUUCUUUACAGAGGGAUCUGAAAUGUCUUGCAAAAAAAAAAAAACUUUGAAGAAGGUGGAAGAGUUCCUAAAGCGGGUUAAUAAACCUGGGGAGGAAGCCGCAUCCCAGACAGCCUCCCCUCAGGGUAAAGCGGAGGCAUUGUCCGUGAGCAGCGACUCGGAGGAUCAGGAAAGCAUUGCUGCCGCACAGACUGCGACACUGAACGCCGAAAACCAAAAGCCACCGUCUUCCAGUGCGGCCGUCACAGAACCUGGAGGGAAUCACCUUGAGGAGGAAGCGCAGGACGCGGCAGCGAGCAGCUCCGAUGGGCAGGGUGUGGGGAGGCAGGAGCGUGGCUGCGGGCGGCAGCUAGUCUCUCUGGAUAUUCCCGAUUAUCUCCGGGCAGAGACAGAGGACGUCAGCCAAGCUGUAGAUGAAAAAAUUACCGCAAAGAAGAAGGAGAAAAAAAGGAGAAGAAGGAAUAAAAUUGUGCUGGGAGCUAUACCUGCCGAGAUUGCUGCUGAUCCGGAGCUGGCCAAGUACUGGGCACAACGCUACCGGCUGUUCUCUCGGUUUGACGAGGGAAUUAAACUAGACAGAGAGGGUUGGUUUUCUGUUACUCCUGAGAAAAUAGCUGAGCAUAUUGCCAUCCGGGUUAGUCAGUCAUUCAACUGCGACAUCAUAGUGGAUGCGUUCUGUGGGGUUGGAGGAAACGCUAUUCAGUUUGCGUUGACCUCAAAAAGAGUGAUCGCUAUUGAUAUUGAUCCUGAGAAGCUCAGUCUUGCGCGCAACAAUGCUGAGGUGUACGGCGUGGCGGAUCAGAUAGAAUUCGUGUGCGGAGACUUCAUGGUGCUGGCUGCCGACCUGCAAGCAGAUGUUGUGUUCCUCAGCCCGCCCUGGGGGGGCCCUGACUAUGCCACUGCCGAAAUCUUCGAUAUUCAAACCAUGAUUUGCCCAGACGGAUUUGAAAUUUUCAGGCUCUCCAAGAAGAUCACCAACAAUAUUGUGUAUUUUCUACCUCGGAAUGCUGACAUUGACCAGGUGGCUUCCUUAGCAGGGCCAGGAGGGAAAGUUGAAAUAGAACAAAACUUUCUCAAUAACAAACUGAAGACAAUAACAGCUUAUUUUGGUGAUCUAAUAAGGCAUGACAUCUCCUGAACUCAGCGUGGAUUCUUCCAAACCCAACCUCCCUGACUGCUGCUUUGCUUAAGCUUUUGUACAGCUGGCUGAUCAAAAAUGACUUAAAGCCAUUUUCCGCUUUAAUUUCUGUUUACAAAAAAAUUGUUCUGUUUAUUGCUACUGUCAAUAAAUGUUUUAUAAUAAUUUUG